UUGAUGAGAUACGGCUUGCGGAGAAGUACAAAAAGCAGCCACCAGUAGUAGAGGAGCAGUCGGAGGACCCCGUGGAGAAGCAGCUGAAGCUCGGAGUCAUUCGUGCUUCGAAAAGCGAGUGGGCCGCCGCGCCGCACUUCGUGAAGAAGAAGACGGGCGAGUGGAGGUGCGUUUUGGAUUACUGGAUGGUGAAUCAAAGCAUGACUGCCGACUCGUAUCCGCUGCCCCAAAUAUGGGACCACUUGAGGGCCGCAGCAGGCCGUCAGCGCUUCACGACUCUCGAUAUGAACUCGGGAUUCCGGAAUGUGCCAAUAGCGGAGGAGAGCAAGCACCUCACCGCGUUCGUCACACCGUUUGGGCUGUUCGAGUUCAAUGUCAUCCCCUUCGGGAUUAAGAACUCGCCGGCGGAGUUCCAGCGCGCGAUGGACAUGGUGUUCGAGGAGGUGUUGGAUGAUCGCACUCUGUGUUACAUUGAUGAUAUCAUCAUCGCGACGGACAGGGUGCCGGAGAUGAUGCAGCGGUUGGAGAAGGUCUUGCGAUUGUGCACAGAGAGAGGCUUCCAUCUCAGGCUAGAUAAGAGCGAGUGGCUCAUGCCCGAAGUAAAGUACCUCGGUCACAAGAUUGGGCGGCAAGGGAUAGCGCGCCAGGAGAGGAAGAUAGGCAACGCUCUCAAUACCCCCGCCCCCAUCUCAAGGAAGGAACUGCAGAGCUUCCUAGGAGCCGUUGGGUACGUACGACCCUUCAUCCCGCGAUUCGCCGA